UAUGCGAGGUGGACACGUCAUGUAUCGUCGUGGGCCAGUUUGCAUUCUUGAGAUGUAUAACCCACAUCAUUUUACUAGGCAGCAUGGAUUUCAUCAAAGAUUACCGAGUACUCCCUCACAUCCAUCAAUAAUUUCAUUUGAUGCCUCUUUUUUAUAUCGGCCGUGGUUGAGUUUAACCAGGAUAAACAGUGGAGCAGGAUUCCAUGUCCUUAAUAAUUGCGCUCUCAUAGAGAAUCAAUCUAGUGAAUCUGAGAAUUUCAAAUUCAAAGCUCAAGCUGACGGGUCAGGGAAGGGGAAAUCCCUUCCUACAGUAGCUAAAGCUCCUUCACGUCUUCGAAAAUGGGACACUUCAAAGGAUUGUUUGAAUUCUCAAGAACAACCGGUUCCGAAGAUGUUAAAGGUCACAACACCUGUUCCAAGAUCAGCUAAUGUUCGAUCUGUUCAUCCUUUAAACAUCCUAGAGUCUGCUGAAGAUAUAGGCUCGAAUCGUGAAAGGAUUUCAAGCGCAAUUGUACCAGUUGAUAAUCUUGGUUCUAUUAAGCAGGUAAUUCAAGAGAGGUGCCAAACAAGAGCUACAGAAGUUGAGCAUAAUUUCGCUUGUACCUGGUCAGAAGAUGGUGCAAAUCAUACUACUAUAAAGUCUCCCACAGGCAGUAUUGACCCACCUUGUGAUGCUUUGAAUGACUUAUCAAUUUUUUUAGUUUAG